GGUUCUUCUACAGAGAUCGUUGGGCGACUGGCAUUUCUAGACGUUGGCGCUUGGGUUCUUCCUUUCUUUUCGAAGGAUCUGGGUUCAUCGGAUCUUGCCUUCCCAGCAGAUUACUGCCAGAGCAAGGAAAGAAAUGCAAGAGAGUAGGCUUCUGGUUUCGUCAAUCGCAGAACCCUCCAUAAUCCCGAUUCCUUUCUCUGCCGGACCCAGAGCAAGAGAGUAUGCAUCGUUGUUCUUCUGGUUUUUGUAUUUCCAACCCAGAACCCUCCAUAAUCUCGAUUCCUUCCUUUGUCGGAUCCAGAGCAAGAAGAAAGACCACCGAGCUCCAUCAUCAUCGUCAAUAGUCAUCUUCAAUCAUCAAUCGCCAUUGUCAAUAUUCAUCUUCCCAUCGGUGGCCCCUGCAUCUGUCAUCUUCAAUCGUCAAUCGCCCUCGGCUCUGCUCGGAAGAUACCCUCGG